GACCUCUGAAUUUCCCUGUGUUCUUUUAGGCCCAAAACAAUUGUAUUGAAGUCCAGCGUGAUAUCCAUACAUCAGAGAAAUCUUCAGACAUCACCCAGAGGCUCCAGCAGAAAGACCUCAAGCAGAAAGGAGAUGGAGCUGCAGCCUUGCAAGGGACUGGAAUGAUGUUGUCGACAAAUGGAGUGGAACUGAAUCAGGGCCCAAUUGCCUUUAAGGACGUGGCUGUCAAUUUCUCCCUGGAGGAGUGGGUUCUCCUGAAUCCUGAUCAGAGAGUCUUGCACACACAGAUCAUGGAGGAGAUUCGUGGGAUUUUAGACUCUCUUGAAAAUGUCCAGCAAGAAAAGCCAUCAGGAGCAUUUCAUCGUAAAAGGAAGUUGCAGCAUUGCAAAGAAGAUGAGAAUCAAUCUAAAGCAUUGCAAAAGACCUCACCAUCAUGUGCAACAAGAAACACAGAGCCAACUAAAUUGAUUGAAUCAGAUCAUGACGAUAACGACAAGAUACCAAUAUCUGAGCUUCCACCUGGACCACCAGCAAGUCAAGACCAUCUUACAGUGACCACAGCAACACCAUUAGCACCUUCCGUUAUUGACCUAACUGGGACCGACACCGAAGAUAUGGAUGAUGAUUUAUUAGGAGAUGCAGUCCUGCCAUCUAGUCCGCAAACCAUUGAAAAUGAAUUAAGCAUAGACCCAUUAUCGAUUUCAGAUGAUUGUGGAGAGUGGCCAUCCAAAAUAAAUGAUGAGGUACGGAAAAUACUUGUGAAACGAGGACCUCAGCAAGUCACUGUCAAAGAUUUUCCUCGGGACAGUAAGGGUAGGAGAUUUACCUCAAAACAUUAUACAAGGAAGCUGCGCAACGGAGAGCAAGUCGACAGGAUUUGGCUACUAUAUUCUAAAUUGAAAAAUGCAGUUUUUUGUUUUCCUUGCAGAGUUUUUGGAAAGGCUAAUUGUCUUCUUGCUAGUAGCCAAGGCUAUUCUGACUGGAAGAACUUGUAUGGGGUUUUGAUUAGUCAUGAGAAAUCCCAUACUCAUAUUACAAACUGUACAUCUUGGCAUGAACUCUCUGCACAUUUAUGUUUAAACAAAACUAUUGAUGCAGAACAUGAAAGGCUUAUUCAUGCUGAAACUGGACAUUGGCAUCAAGUUCUGAAACGCUUACUAUGUGUAGUACAGUUUUUGGGGACUCAAGGAUUGGCAUUUCGAGGGAAUAAAGAGGCUCUAUUUGAACGUAAUAAUGGCAACUUUUUAAAAAUGGUAGAACAUAUAGCAAAGUUUGAUGCUUUUAUGGCCGAACAUCUGAGAAGAAUCGCUUCCAAAGAAACACACGUUCACUAUUUGAGCAAAAAUGUCCAGAACGAGUUUGUUAGUUUCUUGUCAGCCAAGAUCCAGGGUAAUAUUUUACAACAACUACACCAGGCAAAAUAUUAUUCUAUUAGAUUAGACUGCAUUCCCGAUGUUAGCCACACCGAACAAAUGACGUUGGUGGUAAGAUUCAUAAAAAUUGAAGCAAAUGAAGAUGUCUCAAUUAAGGAACAUUUUUUAGGCUUUGUUCCUGUUACCCAUUCUUCAGGUGAAGGUCUCACAGAAAUUUUACUCAAAGAGUUAGAGGCACGAGGCAUUCCUUUAAAAUCCAUGAGAGGCCAGGGCUAUGACAGUGCUUCUGCAAUGAAGGGAAAGCAUUUUGGAGUCCAGAAGAGGAUCCUUGAGUUAAAUCCUAGAGCAUUUUAUGUACCAUGUGGAAACCACAACCUGAACUUGGUCUUAAAUGAUGCAGCUCUGUCUUGCAGCGUUGCGGUAGACUGUUUCAGCACAAUACAAGAAAUCUUUAACUUUUUUUCAAGUUCUACUGAAAGAUGGAGUAUUUUGUCAAAGCACGUUUCAACUCUCAAAGUCAGACCACUCUGCAUUAUUAGGUGGGAAAGUAAAAUCGAGGCAUUGUUGCCUUUGAGGUUCCACAUUGAAGAAGUAUAUGAUGCCUUAUAUGAAGCUUCUCAAGAACAGAAAUUUGGUGCAUUUGGUAGGAACACUGCUAUCACACUUAUAAAGAAACUGAAAAGCUUCAAGUUUCUAUGCUGUUUAGUGACAUGGCAUGAGAUCCUGCAUAAGAUAAAUAUGGUGAGUAAACGUUUGCAAAAAGUCACAAAUAAUCUUCAAAGUUCUAUGGAUCUUAUUAAGAGUGUACAAUCAUUUCUAGAAAAGAUGAGAUCUGAUGAAGGUCUAAAUAGCGUCAUUAAAGAUGCAAAGGAACUUGCAGAAAAAAUUGAUGUUGCUGCUGACUUUGAAAAAGAAACGCUAGUUGGACCAAGAAAAGUAAACAAUGAGAGUGAAGAUGAAGCUGCACAUUCAAGUGAGAGUGAAGAUGAAGCUGCACAUUCCAGUAAGAGUGAAGAUGAAGCUGUACAUUCCAGUGAGAGUGAAGAUGAAACUGCACGUUCUGAUAAAGAUUCUUUUAAAGUCAAUUUCUUCUUUGUUGUGCUUGACACAGCAAUAUCCUCAUUAAAGGAGAGAUGUGAGCUAAUGGAAAACCAUAGCGAAAGUUUCAAAUUUCUGUAUGAUAUUUCAAGGCUUGGGAAAAGUUUGAAUGAAACAGAAUUGAAGAAUGACUGUCAACAUCUUCAAACCGUUUUGAGCGAUGGAGAAGACUGCGAUGUGAAUGGUGAUGAUCUGUUUGAUGAGCUACAAAUAUUUGCACCUAUGCUGCCCCCUGGAAGCAACCCAGCUGAAGCCUUGUCUUUCCUAACCAAACGUGGUUAUGUAGAUACUUUCCCAAAUGUUUAUAUUGCAUUGAGAAUUCUGUUAACGCUUCCAGUAUCCAUGGCCAGCGAUGAAAUGAGUUUUUCAAAAUUAAAACGUAUAAAAACAUACUUAAGAUCAAAUUCGGGCCAAGAGCGCGUCAGUGAACUAGCAACUUUGGCCAUUGAAAAUGACUUGUUGGAUGAAAUGGAAACAGACUUACUAGUACGUGAGUUUUCAAAACGGAAAGCUAGAAAAAUAUUUUUUUAA